AAGGAUAUCUUGCCCUCCUACGUUACCGUAUGGGAAUAUCUUUCCUACUUUGCAGCACUUAAGCUCCCCGGCGUUCCCAAAGCCGCUCGAGAGGAGAGGAUAAAGGAGGUUUUGCACUCCAUAAAUCUGUAUCACAGCAAAGACACUCAGAUCGGAGGUUCUUCGCGCAAAGGCCUUAGCGGCGGCGAAAUGAAGCGCGUUGCCCUUGCUGUCGAGCUUCUGAACAACCCUUCUCUCAUCUUUUUGGACGAACCAACUUCAGGCCUAGACGCUGCCCUCGCGUUCGACACGAUGCGUUUGCUGCUGCGUCUUGCGCGUGCUGGUGGUCGUACAAUCGUCUGCACCGUUCACCAGCCUCGCUCCCAGCUAUUUGCCAUGUUUGAUGAAUUGAUGCUGUUGCAUCGUGGCCAGAUCGUCUUUCAAGGUCCUGCCGUGGAAUGCAACGCUUAUUUUGCGCGCCUGGGGUUGCGGUGUCCAUCGCAAUUCAAUCCUGCGGAUUUUCUGCUGGAUCUGUUGACUGUGCGGAACGAGCAUCGCGAGGAGACUUUGGAAGCGGAAGGCGGUGUGGAUCUGGAGCAGCACCUCAAGCUGCCUUCAUCUCACGAGCUUCCGCAUCAACUCUCGCUCCGGCAGCUCGCUGGCGUCAGCGAAACACAGCAGUCUGUCGAAGGGUAUGGGCUCAUGGGGGCAGUCACGCAGGAGCCACAAGGCCGUGAUCAGAGUGCCGCUCACAUCUUGAUGGAGACGGAUGUCGAGGAGGCUGAUGCGCCGGCACUGAGUCAUUUUGAAUCGCAUUUGAUGCGUGUAACGGUGACGCAAGAGGAGAUCGACAGGCUUCCUGCGUUCUACAAGGCCUCGCCUCUGUGUGCGCGUAUAGCGGACAGAAUCGAGAGGGAGCUGGAACUCCCUCCAGACAAGCAGCUCAAUAGAGGACUUCAAGAGAGGCUCAUGGCACACAAAGACUUCCUGUGA